AUGGCCACAACCGCCACCCCACAGCGCCUCGAGCAGCCGAAUCGGGGCGUCUUCCAUCUACUCCACAUCCACGUUGUCCUGGACAACUUGGACGUGGCGGAUGUGGACGAUUUCAAAAAGUUCAUCACUUCCAACGGAGCGACAGUCACCCAGGCUCAGAAAACUACAGACACGAUUCCGCCUGACACUACCCACGUGGUGUCGUCCAUGUACAGUCAGCACUUGCAAGAAUCUGACACUCUGGCAGGAGAGCUUCUGCCCGUAGUCAAGCCAAGCUGGGUGUACGACUCAGUUAAGAUGGGUGUCACUCUCCCCGAUCGACCCCACUCACCAAACCCGGAGAACGUGCUCUCCAACGCGUUUGUGACAAUCUGUGGCAUGCGACCAGGCGACAUGGCUGCUCUCAAGGCCGGAAUCAUUGUUUUAGGAGGCAUUGUUAACAAGGAGCUCACCAAGAUGGUCACACACGUGAUUGCAUACGACCUCAACCACCGCCUAUGUCGGAUUGCUGCCGCUAACAACAUUCCCAUUGUCAUUCCUCAGUGGGUGGACGACUGUCUCAAGCUCAAACGACGACUGGACAUCACGCCUUACUUGUUGCAUCUCGAGGUGGAUCAGAAUGGAGAAAUCGUGGAGCCCUCAGGAGCAGACUCUGACAAGCCCAAGCCCCCCCCUCCUUCUUCACAAGUCGAACCCUGUAAGACCGUAGUGGUUUCAUCUCGAAAAGAAGGUCCCUUCGAUUUCACGUUCCCUCCUUCGUCGAAAUACGUGCCCAACUUCAUCCAGCGACUCAUGCGUGGCAAGUCCAACCUGGAAGGCGCCCAGAUCGAAUCAGACACCUCUCUGGAGGGAUCGACAGAGCUCAUCAUUUCUUCUUUGGAACCAAAAUCUCAACUAUUCCAGAACCACGCCUUCUACAUUGGAUCCGAUCUCUGUCUGUCUUCCCGAAUGGAGUCUACCAUCAUGCAAAUCAUCAUUGACUGUGGUGGCCAGGUUACAACCUCAUUUUCCACCGAACCCAAGCCAACUGUGUACAUCGGCCGAUACCGAGAUGGAGACGAAUACAUCUGGGCAUCUAGGUCCCACAUGUUGGUAGGUAACCUCGUCUGGCUUUAUUAUAUGGUGGCCAACAAGACAUGGACUUCCCCCUUGGACAAACUCUUGCAUUACCCUGUCCCCCGUGAAGGAGUUCCUAGUCUGACGAACAAGGUCAUUUCCAUCACUAACUACUAUGGAGAUGGACGAGCAUACUUGAUUGAGCUGAUCGAGACUCUUGGAGCAAAGUACACGCGUGACUUCUCUACUACAAACGACUUUCUGGUUGCUGGCGUCCCGGAGGGAGGCAAAUACCAGGCAGCGCGACUCUGGAACGUGCAUGUAAUCAACCACCUUUGGCUUGAGGAGUGUUUCGCCAAAUGGCAGGAGAUGAGCUUGUCACUGCCUCAGUACACCCAUUUCCCACGACAUUCUGAGGGUAUCUUUGAAGUUCUGGGCCAGCAAAAGCUCGAUGCUGAAACCCUGAAGCAAUUUUACAUGACUAAUCAGGAGAUCAAGGAUGAGAAGAGUCAGCCCUCCAGUCCUGCUCUCGUGGUUGAUUCUUCUCCUGCAAACAAGCGUCUUAGUGAAUCUGGGGGAGAAGACGAGGGCCCCACACCCAGCAAGAAGUCCCGAAAGUCUCUGCUCGAAACCGAAACCACUCCAAUUCGAUCACGACGAGCCGCGGCGUCGUCUGCUGCCAUCAAACUUCACAAAAACAUUGAAGAUCUAAAUGUGUUUCAGAAACAGCUGCAGAAUAAGAAACGCAACAUUCCUCUGCUUCCUGAAGAGAUUGACAAACGACGAGCAGAAGUCGAGAAGGCCCGAAAGGAGCUUGAGAGUCAGGAGAAGAGUGACAAAACAGCUGCCGCUUCUCCCAUGGCUAUACCCAAAGCCAGUCCUAAGGCCAGUCCUAGGAGCUCAUCCAAGCCAGCCAAGGACUCCAAUCCUGCAGCAGCAGCAGCAGCUUCAUCCCCCACACCCGCUACUGACUCUCUUUCUUUCACAGAAGACGACGAGCCAAUCACCAGCGUUCCUAAAAUCAAGGGCAAGAAAACAAAAUCUGCUCAGCCCAGUCCUUCUUCCAAGGCUGGAUCCGCUGCACCAGCUGACUUCACCGAACCUAUGAAUGUGGUCGUAACUGGCAUUGCGGACUCCAUGCGACCAGCAGACAAGAAGCUGAGCAGGCUUGGGAUAUUCAUCACUGAGGACGUUGAUAAUGCCACCCACGUCAUUUCCGAUAAGGUGAAACGUACUGAGAAGUUCCUUCGAGCCAUGGCCAAAAAGACUGUCUUUUUGUCAGAAAAGUAUCUUCAGGAGUGUGUGGCUCAACAGACUCAAGUUCCCGUGGUUGACCAAUGGCUCCUAGGAGGAGGUAAGGGGAAGUUUGCCAAAGCUCUUGGCCGAGCCUCCAUUCUCCAGGGACGCCUGUUUGAGGGUCUGAUUCUCAACUACACUGCUCAGCCUGGUAUGGAUGCUAUAAUGAGCAUUGCAGAAUCCCACGGCGCGACACUAAACAAAGUGAGUCUUCCUGCUGGGCGUAGCAAACAGCCUGUCAAGUUUUCUGAGACCGAAAGCUACUCCGCUGAGUUGGACGGUAUUGAUCGAGGAGCGCCUUCUGCCCAGGCUCCGUUCGUUAUAUUUAUUUGUGUUCCUGGCAAGGCCGAGGAGAAAAAAUGGAAGAAGGCCGUGGGCACAUACGUGGAGGAGCGAAAGGGUGUGAGCUCAUUGUUCCUGUCCAAGGACUGGGUCACCCAUUCUAUCAUCGACCAGCAGUUGUUGUUUGGUGACUUUUGUCUGUAA